AUGAGUGCGAUACACACCCGACAGGCCGGCGCGUGCCUCCGCCGAUGCCUCAAUGCCCCGCGCCUGCUCCGGCCGCAGAUCAGCUGGCACGCCUACGCCACCGCCGCACCACCAGCACCCAGGCCCGCCUACCGCACCGCCAGCAACAGCACAUCCCCCAGCGCGGCCCCCCGCACCACCACCAGCGCCCCGCCCACCCGCAGCACGACCAACUCCCCAGACGACGCGCCGCCGACCACGGUGCGCAACGCCGCCGCCGCCACCACCACCACCCGCACCCCCUCCUCCCCGUCGACGACGCCAGGCACGCUCCGCGACCUCGAAGACGGGCUCGAGGACAGCCCGCCCGAGAUCGCCGACCUGACCUCCCCCCCCCCGUCCUCGGCAGACGCAUCCACGCGCGACUGGUCGCGCAGCUUCCACGGGCUGUCGUCGGAGCGCUUCAGCGACGCGGCGGCGGCGGCGCUGCUCGAGCCCAUCCAGGCCGACGACAUCGAGGUCAAGCCCGACGGCAUCAUCUACCUGCCCGAGAUCAAGUACCGGCGCAUCCUCAACCGCGCCUUCGGCCCGGGCGGCUGGGGGCUCGCCCCCCGCGGCGAGACCAUCGUCACCGGCAAGACGGUGACGCGCGAGUACGGCCUCGUGGCCGGCGGCCGCCUCGUCAGCAUCGCCCGCGGCGAGCAGCAGUACUUUGAGCCCGAGGGCAUCCCCACCGCCACCGAGGGCUGCAAGAGCAACGCCCUCAUGCGCUGCUGCAAGGACCUGGGCGUCGCGAGCGAGCUGUGGGAUCCGCGCUUCAUCCGUCGCUUCAUGAAGGAGUAUGCGAAGAAGGUGUGGGUCGAGCAUGUGGUGACGAAGAAGAAGAAGCAGAUCACCAUCCGCAAGGACGACGAGAUCCCGUAUCCGUGGAAGGAGAGCAAGUUUUAG